CAGUAACACCACAACUACAUAUUUCAAGAUGGCCGCGCCCGUAAUUGAAACAUGCCAUGUAGCUUGCUGUGCAAAUAGGACUCCGAAUGUGGUUUCUUGGGGUCGUGGCGGGAUCAUUGCCUUUGGGACGUGCACCUCCGUAGCGCUGUACGACCCGCAGGAAAGGAGAGUCGUUGCUGUGUUGAAUGGACACACGGGAAGAGUGAACACGGUCCAGUGGGUUCACAGAGACGACUGUGCUCCCGAGAGUCAUCUCGUCUCAGGAGGCUCUGACAACCGGCUCAUCGUCUGGGAGUGUCGGAAUGGAAAGUUUGUCCAGGUGGCGGAGUGUAAAGGCCACACUGGUCCAGUUUGUGCCGUGGACGCCAUCUACGUGGAGGACUCCGAGAUCCUGGUGGCCUCCUCAGCAUCGGACUCCACGGUCCGACUGUGGCUCUGCAACCAAGCCGUUGGAGCUCAGUGCCUCCAUACCGUAUCAUUUGGCAGCAGUUUCGUGAUGGAUGUCUCUCUGGCACUGUUGCCAGGCAGCAGAGUUCCCAUACUGGCCUGUGGGGGUGAUGACGCUCAAGUGCAUCUGUAUGUGCAGUCUAACGGAGGGCAGCUUCAUAAAGCCAAGUCACUGCAAGGGCAUGAGGACUGGAUUCGUGGAGUGGCCUGGGCUUCUCUAGGUGGAGAGCUGCUAUUAGCCAGCUGUUCCCAGGACUGCCUCAUCAGAGUGUGGCGGCUGUGUGCCAAGUCCGGGACGGACGCCCACAUAGAGGACGAUCACACCACCAUCCGAAUGAAAGAGGAUGUUUUUGAAGUGAAGGAGAGAGACGUUUCCUCAGUGUUUGCAGUGUCCCUUGAGACGGUCCUGGCAGGCCAUGAGCACUGGGUCUAUGGUGUCCACUGGCAGCCCGCGCUCUACAAAGGUGGUGAGCUGCAACAGCCUCUCGGGCUGCUCUCAGCCUCCAUGGACAAGACCAUGAUCAUCUGGGCCCCCGAGGAGGGAUCCGGAGUCUGGGUGGAGCAGGUGCGCGUCGGGGAGGUCGGUGGCAACACUCUGGGUUUCUACGGCUGCCAGAUGAGUCCGGACGGCUCCAUGAUUGUGGCUCACGCUUUCCACGGAGCACUGCAUCUGUGGUGCAAAGAACAGGACAAAGAGGGACAAUGGAGGCCGGGGGUUGUGAUAUCGGGCCACUUUAAUGCCGUCCAGGACCUGAGCUGGGAUCCUGAGGGCGAGUUCAUCCUAAGCGUGGGCUCAGACCAGACCACGAGACUCUUCACUCCAUGGAGGAACCAAGAUACCCGGCAGGCAACCUGGCAUGAGAUCUCACGGCCACAGAUCCACGGGUACGACAUGCAGUGCCUGGCAACGGUCGGAAGGUUCCAGUUUGUGUCCGGAGCCGACGAGAAGGUCCUGCGAGUGUUUCAAGCGCCUCGUAAUUUUGUGGAGAAUUUUGCCAACAUCUCUGGGACCUCAAGAGAGAAACUGUUUGCGUCGAGUGACUCUGCCAACCUUCCAGAAGGAGCCAGCACACCUGCUUUGGGUCUGUCCAACAAGGCUGUAUUUCAAGGUGACCUUGCCCCAAAGAACAAGGAAGAAGAGGGGCAGUUCAGCAGCGUAUCCGAUCAAUACCAGGAGUCUUACUUCCACCCGCUCAUCAUGACUGAGCCCCCACCAGAGGACCACCUUCUCCAGAACACUCUGUGGCCCGAGGUCCAGAAACUGUACGGCCACGGCUUUGAGAUGUUCUGUCUCGCUUCGGACAGCGCCAGGACGGUGGUGGCAUCUGCAUGCAAGGCAUCUAAAGCCGAGCAUGCAGCAGUCCUGCUGUGGAGCACAGCGUCAUGGCGCCAGCUGCAGACGCUGCCGUGCCACACGCUAACCGUCACCCAGAUGGCCUUCUCCCCCGAUGCACAACUCCUCCUGGCGGUUUCCCGGGAUCGCACGGUGUCUUUGUGGAGACGGAACCCUCUCACACCGAAUAGUCCAGAUCCUCUGUUCUCGCUGCACGCACAUACGGGGAAGGACACGGCCAUACACAGCCGGAUCAUCUGGUCAUGUGACUGGAGCCCAGACAGCAAAUACUUUGUGACGUCCAGUCGGGACAAGAAGGUGAUUGUGUGGGCGCCACACAGAUUAGAGGAAUCCAGAGACUCUGUACUUCCACCUGAGAUAAAACCGUGUUCUUCCAUCUUGGAUGUGGGAGAUUCUGCUACGGCUGUUGCUUUCUGCCCCUUUCUCUGCAGCAAUAACAGCUACCUGCUUGCUGUGGGCCUGGAGUGCGGCAGGAUCUUGCUGUACAAGUGGAGCCCCGUCCGGGAGCCCGCCGGAGGACACGACUGGAGCAGCUGUGGCGAAACUGACAUUCUACAGAGCCACGCUCUGACAGUGAAGAGGCUCCGCUGGAGGCCGAGGCCCGGCCGAGUAGGUCACGAGAACAACAGGCCGGGUGGACAGGAUGGCGGCGAGGGGGAAGCUGAAGAGAAGGACUCCUGGGUGCAGCUCGCCAGCGCCAGCGCCGACCACUCUGUCAAAAUCUUCAACGUCAACAGACGGGCUCUUUAGCACCAGCAACGGUGACACUACUGUGUCUCUCACGCAGAGAGACGCUUGGACUGAGGGCCGCAGCUGCUCGCUGGCAUGUCACUCAAACACAGAGACGGCGAGUUAAGUCACGGGUCAGUCGAGGACAAACCCCCCGGCACACGAGCCCUGCAGUCUGCCGGCACGCAGCUGAGCACGUCGGAUGGAAGGAAGAUGGUUUAAAAAAACGCCAUGAGCCGAUUGUGCUGUGAUGAUUAUUCUUCUACAAGUUAAUAUUUAUACGGGAGCGUAAUCACACAGAUUUGUUUUAUGACAAAUCAAACAUGAUAAAAAUGUAAAUGUAAUAAAGAUGUCUCGCAGUUCAACAAGUUCCGGGGAUUGUAAAAUCCAAAAACUUAAUUACAAGGUGGUGUGAGAUGAAAAAACAUGAAUGGUCAUAGCCAUGAUUUACAGGGCUCCACAUGGUACCUUUGGUUUAUUUUAGGUUCACUUCAAAGUCAUGUUGCUUUUAUUUAUUUAGGUAUUUGUUUACUAAUUGUUACAUUUCCAGAGCGGCUUUCAUAAUAGCUGAAAAUACAUACGGACCCAGCAAAGAAAUGUAUGAAACUAGGAAGUUGUUUCCAUUUUUGGGGGGUUGUUACUCUGAUCUGCAGUCAUUGAUCACCAAUCGUAUUUCUACUGAAAAAUAUACAUUAAAGGGGAAAAAUGGCCAAUUUUUUUUUAUCCUGUUCUCUUGCACCUUGUUAUCCUUAUUCAACCCUCUUUUUUGGAAACAUGAAUUUGAAGAUUGCAAGCAGUAAAUAAAGUGCCUUGUUUGUUACAGGCAGUAGCUUAGGAUCAAUCAAUUUAGGACUCCAGUUAUCGAACACGGCAGCUUAAAUAGAUCACGCUACGCCUGCUUUUGGAGGCUCUGCGGAAUUCUCAAGGGCAGAGGAAGCGCGUCGUAUAUCUAGUAUGGGCUCAGCUGAGUGUGCCAUCGUUAUGUCAGCCAUAAAUUAACCUGCAAGGGAUCGUAACUGCUGCCCAUAACUCACUCUAAUCACGUGUCCUGGUCUGGAUGGAGACAUCAGUCGACCGCUCUCCGAGAAAUGGCUGUUUUUAGGUGAGAUGAGGUCUUGGGACAGUCCGGCCGUACAUCAAGGGAUUACCCACCUAACGGAUGCCAGAGUGUAAUAAUCCAAUCACUAUCAGGAACAUCUCAAUUUAAACUGGACUAAUCACCUUGGUUGAGCUUUACAUCGACACAUUUUGUGUGAGGAGCUGAGAUACGUUUCCUCCUUUUGUCCUCCAAUGCGCUCAAGACUACUUUUCUUUAUAAGUGUUUAUAUUGACAUAAUUCUAAGUAGGGAUCACAUCUGGAAACCCGCAAUUUUGGUUGCUGGCUUAUCACAGUUAUUUAAAAGUGUAUAGCCCAUCAUAAAGUACAGUUGUGACAUGAAGCUGUCUCAGAAGCUCUUCUGAACUUGACGUGUAUCCCUCUUCGUCUCAAUCCUCACAACAACGGGGCCCAAACGUGCAUCUGUGUACAGAUACUCUACAUUGGCUGUAAACUUGCCAUCCUGGUCUUCAACCAAGCCUCUUUUUCUCCGAGGGGCCAUCACAUGUGACACCGGGGGUCAACUUAAUCAACCCGCCUUUUAUUUGCACUGCGUGAUCCCGCCGGGACAAGAGGGAAGGUCACGCAGCAUCCACGCACACUGCAGCCGGGCAGAGUCUGCGCUUAUCAAGCCGCAGCAGAGGCGUCGCGGUUUUAAAGGUUUGCUUGAUUCCGUACUGAGAUGUAUGAACAAUAUUUAAAUAAAGGAAAUGGGGAAACAGC